AGUUUGAAAGUACAAAAGUGAGUCGAAAACGACUCACUUUUGAGUAGUUUUCAACGAGCGUGCAUGCAAGCGUUUGUAUAAUUACACGCUCAGUGUAAGCGUUUGUUUUUAGGUAAUAAAUCUCAGGUAAUUAAAUAACGUGUAAAUCGACGAAAUUUUCGGUAAACUUAUUUUAUAGUUUAGCCAUCUGUCAGAUCCUCGACGGUCAGUGUCAGUAGUCAAACUGUUGUUAUUCUGUUGUGUUCUGUGCAGUGAAAAUUCCGUUUAAUUUGUUCAAGCAUUUUAAAAAUGACCGACGACGAAUCAACGUUUAAAAAGCCUUCGAUUGAUUUGAAGUUGCUGAGUAAGAGCCGUAAAACAGAUCUUCCAAUUACUGCAAACGUUCCGGAACCGUCGGCGUCGGAUGAACCGCCGCCUCAACAGAAGGAGCAGCUUCUCGCAGUUGAUGCAAAUGAAAUUCCUCCCAUUCCCUACAAAGAACCAGUUUGGUCACAAAAGUGCGAAGCUUCAUUAAAGUACAACUUCGAAGUGCUCAAGAAUGGUGUGAUCAUAGAAAAUGUGAAUCAGCUGGAAAAUAAACCGUAUUGGUUGUUCGGUCGGCUUCCGAAUUGUGAUAUUAAUAUGGCACAUCCUACCAUAUCUCGAUAUCACGCAAUUUUACAGUACAGGGGACCUGUUGGAGAUACCAAUGAAGACGACUCCGAUGAAAUCGAGGAAACUAAAUCGCUACAUUAUACCGUCGAACCAGGAUGGUAUCUUUAUGAUCUCAACAGUACCCAUGGCACAUUUUUGAACAAACAACGAUUGAAGCCUAAAACAUACGUGAGAGUCAAGGUAGGAUACAUGAUCAAACUCGGCUCUAGCUCACGCGUAUAUAUCCUGCAAGGUCCUCCUGAAGAUGAGGAAGCGCCGUCUGCGAUGACUAUUACGGAAAUGAAAGAGAUGCGCCAAAAACAGGAAAAGCUCCGAGAGGAAAUGGCCGAAAUUGAAAGACAGGAGAAGGAGCGCAUUGAAAAGUUAAAGGAAUCGGAGGGAAUCAAUUGGGGUAUGGCGGAAGAUGCAGAUGAGGAAACUGAUCUCGCGCACAAUCCCUUUGCCGUUACCAACAACGAGGAACUGUUUUUGGAUGACCCGAAGAAAACAUUGCGUGGAUAUUUUGAAAGGGAAGGCCACGACUUGGACUACAAGUUGGACGAGCUAUCAGUCGGCAAUUAUGUCUGCAGGGUGGAACUUCCUGUCGAUGACGAUUUUGGUCGACCAGUUGUGGCGGAAGUGACCCACAAGGGUAAGAAGAAACAAGCUGUGGUACAAUGUGCACUAGAAGCAUGUCGCAUACUGGAUCGGUACGGAUUGCUCCGGCAGGCAACACACGAAUACAACAUGUAUAGCGGUGGAAGAUAUGUUCUGGCUCCGAAUGCCGAGGAUGGCUCGGAUAUUAGUGAGGCGAGUGAAUAUCAAAGCGACAGUAACUCCGUUUGUUCUGACGACCUAGAAGUGGGGGCUCAUGAGACCGUCGAAACCGAGGAACGAGCUGUGUCUGAAGAAAUGACCCAUUUGGAGAAAACGGUCGUAGAAAACCAUCCGUGCGAAGCAAAUCCGAUGAUAAACCAAACCGCGAGUCACACCGGAUACACCGAGAAGCAUGAUGUUGGAUCAUCUGUGUACCCUGAACCCUCGGACAAGGGAAGUAACAUCCGUUGGGAUCUUAUUCCAAAAUUUCCGAAGGACAUUCCGUCGAGCAAGCUGUGGGAGAACUGGCAAGCAUUCAUCGGGAAUUUCGAAACAGCUGCAUCUCUAUCAACGUUUGGCAGUUCAGUCGACCGUGCAAAGUUGCUCUACUUGUCGCUCGGGAAAGAUUUGCAGGAUAUUAUCAGCGCUGCAAAUCUGCAACCGGAUUACCGUGAUCCAAGAUGUUAUGCGACUCUCGUUUCGAAAGUAAACAACUAUUUCAAGUCGAUGACUGACACGGCUGCGGAACACGAGGCAUUCCAGGCCAUGCGUCAAGCGAAGGGAGAAACUAUAAUCACUUUCCACGCACGGCUGACACAGAAAGUUCGUUUGUGUGGCUACAGCCCUGGGGACCAAACUCGUUUUGUGCUUGCCCAGCUCCUGAAGGGCAUGCGGAACCGGGAGUUAGCGACAGCUGGAAGGACCUACGGACAUGAUGCAGACUACAUCCUGAAAGCAGCUUCACGAGUCGAAGCGUUCGAAGUUGACGAACAGGCUGCGGAACAAAGCCCACAGAACAUUCUAGCUAUCACCAGAAAACGAGAUCAUAGCCGUGAGAGGGAACCAUUUCGGAAGAUGCGGAAAGUCGAAGAAGGCAGGGGAUUCGAAAGGACGAAAACGAGAGGACCAUUCCAAGAUUAUCGUCAGGGACAGCGGUCGCGCUGCUGGAGGUGUGGUUACCUGUCCCACAAACGGGAUACCUGCCCAGCAUUGGAUAAAGCAUGCAACACUUGUGGACGAAUUGGCCAUUUCAGCGUGACUUGUCGCAAGAAACCCAAAACUGGGAUCAACAGUGUCGACGAAAAACCACGUAACGGUCCCCUACCUGGAUGGGGCAAAGGAUCAAACGAUGAACAGCAAAUUAACACAGUUGUGUCUUUGGGUGAUGCAAUCAUUCGUUGCCGUCUUGGUUCGUCCAGGCCAUACAAUUUCCUCGUUGAUUCAGGUGCCGAUGUCAAUAUAGUGGGCGGAAAGGAUUGGAUAUGUUUGGAAAAGGAGUUACGAUGCGGAAUGGCUAAAUUAGAGCCAGUUGCCGUAGUAAGGGAGCUGCGAGCAUAUGCGGUAGACGCUCCUAUGCAAAUACGGUGUGCCUUUAAAGCGGAGGUAGAAGUCGUAGAUGCGGAAAAACCGAGAGUGACCGCAGAAUUUCUUGUAGUAGAUGAAGGUCGACGGUCGUUGCUCGGGCGACGCACGGCAUGUGAGUUGAAGCUGUUGAAGGUGGGACUCUCGGUGAACAGUUGCGAGCAGUAUACUACCACAGGAAUCUUUCCAAAAAUGCCAGGAGUGAGGGUCAAGUUCAGUGUGGACUCGUCAAUACCACCUGAAAGGAACGCAUACUACAAUGUCCCUGCGGCGUUCAGGGAAGCAGCCAGGAAGCGCCUCGAGGACAUGGAAGCUUGCGGCAUUAUCGAGCGCGUCACUAGAGCACCACAGUGGAUAAGUGGCAUGUCAGCGGUGCCUAAAGGCAAGAACGACUUUCGACUAGUGGUCAACAUGCGGGCCCCAAACAAGGCGAUAAAAAGGGAGUAUUUCCGUAUGCCACUAGUAGAUGAGAUGAAGGUGAAACUUCACGGUGCCAAGUUCUUUACAAAGUUGGACCUUAGUAACGCCUACUACCACCUUGAGCUUUCUAAAGAUUCACGCGACCUCACGACAUUCUUGUCAGAAAACGGAAUGUACCGUUUCACGCGCCUGAUGUUCGGCGUAAACUGCGCUCCCGAAAUUUUUCAACGGGAGAUGAGCCGGCUUCUGGAGGGAGUGGACAAUCUAAUAGUGUACAUCGACGAUGUCCUGAUAUUCGCGGAAACGUUGGAUAAACUUAGGGAAACGACCAACCUAGUCUUGAGAAUACUUCGUGCAAACAACUUAACCCUCAACGUACAGAAGUGUGAAUUUGACAAAAGUUUCAUUGUAUUCCUGGGCCAUGGACUGGAUGAGAAUGGAUUCCAUGUGGAUGAAACGAAAGUAAAAGCAAUCCGACAGUUUCGACCCCCAGCUAAUGUCUCCGAGCUGAAAAGUUUUCUUGGGCUGGCAUCUUAUGUCAGUCCUUACAUCAAGGACUUUGCAGAUAUUUCGAGCAUCCUGUGGGCCGCCACCACCAAUAAAAGUUGGGAAUGGGGACCGAAACAACUUGCUUCAUUCGAAACAAUUAAGGAACAAAUCACACGAUGUACUACGACGCUGGGAUAUUUUGCCGAAAACGAGAGAACGAUCUUAUAUACAGAUGCAUCGCCGAACGCUCUAGGAGCGGUACUAGUACAGGAAGGUUUGUCCAAGUCUCCUCGUAUUAUAAGUUUUGCGUCGAAGGCACUCACGGAUACCGAGAAAAGGUACGCACAGAACCAGCGUGAAGCUCUGGCCACAGUGUGGGCUGUGGAACAUUUUUCGUUCUUCCUUCUAGGCCGACAUUUCACGUUGAGAACCGACGCACAAGGCGUCACUUUCAUUUUGAAUCGUUCGAGAGAGAACUCCAAGAGAGCCCUAACACGAGCGGAUGGGUGGGCCCUUCGUCUGAGUCCUUAUAGCUACGACGUGGAAUAUAUCCGAGGUAGAGACAACAUUGCCGAUCCAUCCUCGCGGUUGUACACCGGCAACGAUGACGCGUUUGAUGAGCAACACAGCCCCUGGGAAAUUGCAACCUUGGAAGCAAAUUCUGUAGGAUUCUUGACGGAAGAAGAGUUGCGAGAAGAAACCGCAAUCGACGAAACUCUUCAGAAGGUGAUCGAUUCACUAGAAACCCGCAUCUGGCCAAAAGAACUUAGCCGAUUCGAAAGUGUAGCAGGUGAGCUUUCACUCAACGAUGGAAUUUUGGUAAAGAAUGGUUGCGCUGUAGUUCCCACAAAACUGCGGGAGAAAACUCUGAGCCUAGCUCACGAUGGACAUCCGAUGACUGCAAAGCUCAAAAGUAUCUUGCGUGAGCGUGUGUGGUGGCCCGGACUAUCUACGGAUGCCGAGGAGUGGGUGAAAACCUGCCAGACCUGCGCGACGAAUGGACGACCCGAAAAGCCAACCCCCAUGAAAAGGAUCCUCGCUCCUCAAACGGUUUGGGAAAGUAUUGCAGUGGAUUUCAAUGGCCCAUACGCGAGAUACGGAGGCGUUUCAAUUUUGCUGAUUGUUGACUACCGGUCCAGGUAUUUGAUUGCCCGGCCGGUUAAAUCCACAAGUUUUGAACAGACAAAACAUGUCCUUGAAGAAGUAUUUGCUCGUGAAGGUUUUCCGAAAAAUAUUCGGUCCGACAACGGACCACCAUUCAAUGGUGAAGAGUACCGAGCGUACUGCGCCGAUCGUGGCAUUGAGGCCGUGUUUUCAACCCCCCUGUUUCCACAACAGAACGGGCUUGUUGAAAACUACAUGAAGCUUGUCAAUAAGGCAAUGGCUUCUGCAGUUGGCAACGGGUCCUGUUUCAAGGAAGAGCUACAAGCUGCUGUCAAUGCCCACAAUGCGUCAGCUCACUCGGUUACUGGCCUUCCGCCUGAGGAAAUAAUGAUGGGCCGUAAAAUAAAACGUAGACUCCCUUUGCUGCACCAUGAAACAGUAAAAUAUGACGAGGACCUAUUCGAGCGCAGAGAUAAGGAGCAGAAGAUGAAGGCUAAGAUCCGUGAGGAUACUAGAAGAGGAGCGCGAGCAUGCCGUUUGAAUCCGGGGGACACGGUCAUCAUCGAGCGGUUGAACCGCGCCAAAGGGGACAGCAGGUUUGACACUCAAAAAUACACCAUCAUCAAGAACGACAACGGAAGCCUCACUCUGCAAAACGAUCACGGCCAGAUUGUUAAACGGCAUGUGACCCAGACUCGGAAGGUUGGACCUUGGCGCACAUCCAAUGACAAUUCCAAUGAUGCACCUCAACUUAGCUCAAGCACCAAACAAAAUCCUGAAUCGAGCAUUUCCGAACGACCACGCAGAAUAAGAACGAUGCCCUCCUACAUGAAGGAUUACGUGCAGGCAAUAGAAAACUAACGGGAAACAUCUAGAAAAUAGCUAGGCCGUAAACAUCACUUGAAUUUCUUUUCUUCCACUAUUGCUGUUUUAUAAUAUUGGUGAACAUUUCCUAAAAAAAUAAACAAAAAUGUAACGAUA